ACAUCGCCCGCCGAUUCGGAAUCCUCAAGAAGCCACUGAGCGUCGAGCGAGGCCCACAGCCACAGUGCGGCCUAACGCCCGCCCCGUUUCCCUUCGCUUCCCUUUCAAAAACCGAACGACGCGGACUGCAGGAGGAACCGAGCGCCGCCUUCAUUCUGUAUUUCCCUUCGCUUCACUUUCAAAAAAUACCGAACGACGGGGACUGAAGAAGGAACCGACAGAACAAGAAGGACCGCUUUCAUUCCGUCUUGUUUAGAUACGAAGGAGGAGCCAGAUCGUCGCCUUUUCGUCUCCUCGUCGUCGUCAUUUUCUUUUGCCCGAGUAGACCGUCGUCCGGUCGGCCGUCGUCGGAGAGAGAAUUUCAGGCAUAUCCAUCUGCAAGAAAAAGGAGGAAGGAAAAAGGAAGCUGAUCUUUUCCUUUUGUCGUGACGCGAGGACCGUCUUUACCGGCAAGAAAAGGAGACAAGAAGAAGGAGAAGCUCUGGAAGUUUUCGUCCAUUCGGAUUUCAUCGUCGUUUCCGUGGCGCUUGAAGUCUUGGCGGUUUAAGAGAGAGAGAGAGAGAGAGAGAGAGAGAGAGAGAGAGAGAGAGAGAGAGAGAGAGGAACGUGACGUGGAGGUUUCGUGCUGGAAGCAGUGGUCACGUGGUCAGGAGGAGCCGAAAGAAAAGGAGCGAGAUACUUCCGUUUCUCCUUUCUCCAUCUAUUGUUUUCCUCUGCUCUUUGUGCACAAAGAAGGAAGCCACCAAACAAGCAGCCGGUGAAGGGUAGGUAUUCGGGUUCGUUUGGCCUAGAAAAAACUCAGACGUAGAGGAUCGUUAUUCGUUUUUGGCAUAGAUAGGAAAGAGAAGCAGAAGAAGAACGCAAUAUGGCGGAGGAUAACGGCGUCCUUUCUUCGAAGAUUAAGAUCGGAGUGUGCGUCAUGGAAAAAAAGUUAACGAAGGUGCUUUCGGCUCCCAUGCGUCAAAUUUUGGAGAGAUUGGAAGCGUUUGGCGAAUUUGAGAUAAUUACCUUCGGUGACAAAAUGAUUCUCGAGCAACCAGUGGAAAGUUGGCCAAUUUGUGAUUGCUUAAUUGCUUUCUACUCUAGCGGAUAUCCUCUAAAGAAGGCAGAAGCAUAUGCUGCAUUACGGAAGCCAUUUCUUGUGAAUGAACUCGGACAGCAACACCUGCUUCAUGAUAGAAGGAAAGUUUAUGAGCGACUUGAAGUAUUUGGAAUUCCUGUUCCAAAAUAUGCUCUUGUAAAUAGAGAAUUUCCCUACCAAGAGCUUGACUACUUUGUUGAGCAAGAUGACUUUGUUGAGGUUCAUGGGAAACGUUUUUGGAAGCCGUUUGUGGAGAAACCUGUAGAUGGGGAUAACCACAGCAUCAUGAUAUACUAUCCUAGUUCUGCAGGAGGAGGAAUGAAAGAAUUAUUCCGUAAGGUUGGAAACCGAUCAAGUGAGUUUCAUCCUGAGGUUAGAAGAGUUAGACGGGAAGGUUCUUAUAUAUACGAGGAAUUCAUGCCAACUGGUGGAACAGAUGUGAAGGUGUAUACUGUUGGCCCAGAAUAUGCCCAUGCUGAAGCAAGAAAGUCUCCUGUUGUCGAUGGUGUUGUUAUGAGAAAUCCUGAUGGCAAGGAAGUUAGAUAUCCUGUCUUGUUGACUCCUUCAGAGAAGCAAAUGGCAAGAGAUGUCUGUAUAGCAUUUAGGCAAGCGGUUUGCGGUUUUGACUUGUUACGAUGCGAGGGGAAAUCAUAUGUCUGUGAUGUCAAUGGCUGGAGCUUUGUGAAGAACUCCUAUAAAUAUUAUGAUGAUGCUGCUUGUGUGAUGAGAAAAAUGUUCCUGGAUGCAAAGGCACCUCACCUCUCAUCUACAAUCCCGCCGACUCUCCCAUGGAAAGUUAAUGAACCUGUUCAACCAUCUGAGGGAUUAACAAGACAGGGCAGUGGUAUCAUUGGCACAUUUGGACAAUCUGAGGAGUUGCGUUGUGUCAUAGCUGUUAUUCGCCAUGGUGAUCGAACCCCUAAACAAAAAGUGAAGCUGAAGGUUACAGAGGAAAAACUUUUGAACUUACUUUUAAAGUACAAUGGUGGCAGGCCUCGGGCUGAGACAAAGCUGAAAAGUGCUGUCCAAUUACAAGACCUGUUGGAUGCAACAAGAAUGCUGGUUCCACGUGGCAGAUCCGGCAGGGAAAGCGAUAGUGAUGCGGAGGACCUUGAGCAUGCGGAGAAGCUUCGUCAAGUUAAAGCAGUUCUUGAGGAGGGUGGUCAUUUCUCUGGUAUCUAUAGAAAAGUUCAACUAAAGCCUUUAAAAUGGACCAAAGUUGCAAAAACAACUGGCGAGGGUGAAGAAGAGCGUCCAGUCGAGGCACUAAUGGUUUUGAAAUAUGGUGGGGUGUUGACACAUGCUGGUAGAAAGCAGGCCGAAGAACUUGGACGUUAUUUCAGAAACAAUAUGUAUCCAGGUGAAGGAACAGGCCUACUUCGGCUUCAUAGUACAUAUCGUCAUGACCUGAAAAUUUACAGUUCCGAUGAGGGCCGUGUCCAGAUGUCUGCUGCAGCUUUUGCUAAAGGGCUUCUCGACUUGGAAGGGCAAUUGACUCCAAUCCUUGUGUCACUUGUUAGUAAGGACUCAUCCAUGUUGGAUGGACUUGAUAAUGCGAGCAUUGAAAUGGAAGAGGCAAAGGCUAGGUUGCAUGAGAUCAUAACUUGUCCAAGGAAAGGAAGUAAUGAAAAUGGGAAUGCCGAAGUUCCUUGGAUGCUUGAUGGUGCAGGACUUCCUCCAAAUGCUUGUGGGCUCCUCCCUAAGUUGGUCAAACUAACAAAAAAGAUCACUUCUCAAGUAAAGCUCCUUGCGAAAGAUGAAGACGAAAAGCUCACACAGACAGGCUCUUACGAAGUGCUUCCUCAAUACGACCAAGCCAAGGCCCUUGGAACAACAAAUAUUGAUGUUGGGCGCAUUGCUGCUGGGUUGCCUUGUGGUAGUGAGGGUUUCCUCUUGAUGUAUGCUCGUUGGAAGAAGCUUGAGAGGGACCUGUAUAAUGAACGGAAAGAGCGAUUUGAUAUCACACAAAUUCCUGAUGUUUAUGAUUCCUCCAAAUAUGAUCUUCUUCAUAAUAGUCAUCUUAAUCUUGAGAGCUUGGAUGAACUUUUUAAGGUUGCUCAGCUGCUUGCUGAUGGUGUCAUCCCUAAUGAGUACGGGAUCAAUCCCAGUCAAAAGCUCAAAAUUGGCUCUAAGAUUGCUCGCAGAUUGUUGGGAAAAAUAUUGAUUGACCUCAGAAAUACUCGUGAAGAAGCCAUCAGUGUUGCUGAACCUAAAAGCAGUAUGGAGCAACCAUUGAAUGGUUCUAGGAGCAUAACAGAAGAACUUGAAGCAGUUUCAAGAUGCCAGCUUAAAAUCGAUGACACUAGACGACUAAGUUCAACAAGUGAGAAGUCCUUGGACCAAGAAGAUGAUGAUGACAAAGAAACCCAGUACCGGUUGGAUCCAAAGUAUGCAAAUGUCAGGACUCCCGAGAGGCAUGUUCGUACAAGACUUUAUUUCACAUCGGAAUCUCAUAUACACUCUCUGAUGAACGUCCUUCGAUACUGUAACAUGGAUGAUUCACUUCAAGGGGAGGCGAGUCUUGUUUGUGACAAUGCAUUGGAACGAUUGUAUAAAACGAAAGAGCUGGAUUAUAUGAGUUACAUAGUCCUUAGAAUGUUUGAAAACACGGAGGUAUCGCUUGAAGAUCCAAAGAGGUUUCGCAUUGAGAUGACAUUUAGCCGUGGUGCUGAUUUGAGUCCAUUGGAGUAUAAUGAUGAGGUGGCUUCAUCCUUGCAUCAAGAACAUACGCUGCCAAUAAUGGGGCCAGAGAGGUUGCAGGAAGUGGGAUCUUGUCUCACACUGGAGAGGUUGGAGAAGAUGCUUCACCCGUUUGCCAUGCCGGCCGAAGAUUUUCCGCCUCCUUCAGCACCUCAAGCUUUUGCUGGCUAUUUCUCUAAAACCGGUGGUGUUUUCGAGCGCCUAGCAAGUCUAUGGCCAUUUCACAAGCAGGCAAAUGUGACGCAGGGAAUAGACGACGGCAACACGAAUGGGAGAUAGUGGGGCCCUGAGUUUCCUCCUUUUGCCGGUGGUCAGCAAGCCCUUUCCACAGUUCCACUGGUCUGUCCUCCUGGGCUUCUAUGGUGGCGAAAAACACGGAAGAUACUACGGGAUGUCACCCAGAGACACCCAGAGAUUGAAAUUAAGGAAGAAAAUGGACAGAAACGUCUCUUUUUGUCCAAGCUAGCCUAUGAAGAACUGAAACGGCCGUUCAGGUACUCGACGAUUGCAACCCUAGUUUGUUGGAGGCCGGAAUCGUCUGAACUACAGUUUCAUCUUCACAGCGCUUCGAGCCCAAUGGCCUGGUAUGCACUCUCUGCGUUGUUCUUCUGUUGGGAAAAGCCUUUUUUAAUUUGUGCCCCUUCAGAAGAGGACAUCGUGGCUAUAACCGAUCUUGGUAGAUGGAAGAUUGGCCACCGUCUACUCAUUGCCAAUAGGUGGGAGCCGGCUCCCCAUUGAAAACCGAUGCGGCUAACAAAAUCUGGAUUAGGUUCCCUGAUCGCCCCACUCUGUUCUGGCAACCUAGGGUUCACAAAAACCCUGCUUCCAUAAUGGGAGCGAUCUUCGUUGGGGUUGAUCCCUUCACCAAGGAGAGGUCAUGCCUCAACUUUGCUCGUAGUCUAAUUGAGGUCCCCUUGGGGUUCAUCCCUGUCCUUGAGGUGAAGCUUGUCCUAGAAGAACAGAAGGUUAUAGUGCAGGCAAUUGAGUGCGAAUCGAGGAUUCGUUUUUGUUCAGAAUGCAGGUCUACCAGCCAUUUCAGGUUCGUCUGCAUGGCUCGGAAGGUGCUGUCUCUAUAAACGCCCUCUAGUUCCCAAGCUGUUUUGGCUAUAGGAGAGGAAUGGAAAACGGUUCGAAUGCCCAAGAAGAAAAACCCCAGCUCUCUAAGAAGGUCCCUGUAACUAAAUCAUCUAACAGAUUGGACUCCUUGCUGUAGGAGACAGAGGAGAAAUCUGAUCAGAUCGGUGCUGCUCCAUCCCAGUAAUCCCCUUCGACUGGUGAACACGAUGCACCAAAGCCUGCGGCUAAGGUCCCUCAGCAGCUUGAGUUCCCCCCGCACCAGUAGUGCAGGGCACUCCGAACACCCUAUAGCGGAGAAGGAAACAUAAGCAUUGGCUUCCCUUCAACAGGUUGAAGGGCUUACUUCUCCCAUCGUGGCCGCAGGCCCCUUGAUGGCAAGCAAAAUUGCUGGAAACAAAGGUAUUUCAGAUCGUUCUAGUCCCUCGUUGGAUGAUAGAAACAUGAAAGACAAUGAAAAAAAAUGUGCCCUCAAACACAAGGAGGCUUGAUCCGAACAUAGCCGAUAGCGCUCUGCCUCCAGACAAGGAAAUGGAAGAUCAAUCCAGCGAGGAGGAAGAUACCUAGUGUUUGAUGAAUGAAGAUUCUUCAAUAGACUUGGAGAGUGAGGAAUUCUUGCUUGAAUCAGAGCCUAAUGAUAACUGCAUGGGGGAUGCUUGCCCAGAAGGGGGAUUGAAUGUCGCUGAUGGCCAGGGUGGGAGGGGAGAAUCUAGCCCUCAUUAAUGAAGAUCCUCUCAUGGAAUUCCGAGGGCUAGCGAGGAAGCUAGCUCAGCGUGACUGCAUGGACAUCAUCAGGAAAGCCAACCUGGUUCUUGCGUUCUUAGUUGAUACCAAGCUCACAUGAGAUCGGCUUGAGAAAUUCAGUACUGCCUUUCAGGACAGUGACUAAAUUUCCAAUCUACAAGAGGAUGGGCUAGACCAGAUGGAAUCCCAAUUUGGUUGAGGUUCUUGCAGUUGUUGUUAAGCUACAUUGGUGAUUCUUACCCUCAAACAGCGCCUCUUCUAAUAGAGUAUUUGGGGUUGUAGGGGUCUACCUAGAUCGUGAUUUCAGACGUCGAGUCCAACAAUUUGGUCAACUUAGUGCUGACUUAGGCUUGGUCUCCCGGUCAUUAGUAUGGCAGACUUUAACUUUGUUCGUGGUGAAUGGGAGAAGAAGGGCAAACCUCCAGCCUUGAGGGCUUGCCUUGCUUGUUCUCGCUUUAUCUCACGGCAUAAUUUCACCGAAAUCUUUAUACUUGGACGAACAACAGAUCUGCGGGGAACAAUGUUAUGAGCGAAUUGGACAGAUGCCUUGUCUCCGCAAGUCCACUGGCCCUAGCUAAGUGGCUCCAAGAAGAUUGUCUCUACAGCUAUGUCCAUGGAGUCCAGUGGUUGCCCGAUGAUUAGGCUGUUGUCCAAACAUGACAGGACCAGAAGAGACCUCAGAAGCUGGAGCAGAAAUGAUUCGGCUAAUCUAACAAAAAUCAUUAGCAGAUUGCGUACUCAAAUUGGUCAGGUCCAGCAGCGCAGCGAGAGAGAACGGGUGAUUGGCGGAGAGUGUGAACCUAAGGUUGAACUAAGUAGGCUUCUGUUGUUAGAAGAAGCCUAGGUCAUGCAGUCCAAAAUGACGUGGCUCCAAGGAGGAGAUAUGAACUAUAAAUUCUUCCAUGCCAUGGUCAAAGGAUGGCAGAGGAAAAAAACACAUUUCUACCGUCUCUUAUGCUGGGGAAACUUAUUGCGAGCCUGAAGACAUAUUUCAGGCCUGCACGGCUGCACCCGUUGCUUUUCUGAUCUCCUUGGAGCAUCUCAGGCCUCGGGCAACCUCCCGUCCUCACUGGUAGAGGCCUCCUGGUCUCCCAAGCUGAAAAUGACAGAAUUUCUGCCCCCAUUGCUGACGCUGAAAUCGAGUGGCAGUACUGAAAUCUGACAAAGAGUCUACCCCUUGGCCGGAUGGGCUUAGUAACAAGUUCUAUCAAGACUUCUGCCCAUUCUUAAAGAUGAUCUAGCUUGUACGACCAGGAAUUUGUUAACUACAGGUUGCAUAGUAAAAAGUAUUAACAAUACUCAUAUUGUGGUUGUCCCUAAAGUUCAUGGUGCUGUUCAGAUUAAAAAGUUUAGACCUAUUUUCCUUUUAAACAGCGUCUUGAAGUUUAUCAAUAGAAUCAUGGUCGCUAGCAUGCAACCGAUACUUGAUAGAAUUCUGUCCCCCAACCAAAAUGCUUUCAUGAAGGGCAGAUGUAUACAGGAUAACAUUUUUAGUGGCCUCGAAGUCGUCCAGCACUUGGUGGAAUUGCCACAUAUGAAAUUGAGCACAAUUUUGCAAAGAAAUAUCCCACUUGUUUCUCAAGAAAAGAUAGGAAACAUGCUCAAUAUCAUUUGAUGGAAUAGUUGUCUCAGCUCUUUGUUGUUUGGGGUUUCGGAUUCGGAUAAACACGAUCAAACAAUUCCCAACCAUGGUUCUUGCAGAUCAGAUCAUUUAUAUAGGAUACAAAAAGAAACUCCAGAUAUCGAUAUCUUUCUCUUUGAAUGAGAUGUCAAUUCGAGAUAUUGUUUCAUUAUA